CAUCUUUUUCGUCGACCUAAACCUAGAUUCCAUAUAUCACUCAGAAACUCAACAUCUAGGAUAGCGACUUCUCCGGCAGUUCAAAUCAGCGGUCAGUUCUUCACACCCGAAUUCGUCCCUCGAUAUAUAUUUUUAGUCAAUGAUGGGUUGCGAUAGAAUCAGUCAGUUGCCGGAUUAUUUGCUAGCUCAAAUACUCUCACACCUUCCGAUCAAAGAUUGUGCUAAGACAAGUGUCUUGUCUAAAAGUUGGGAAUUUACAUGGCUACAUGUUACCGUAUUGGACUUAGACGCCAAUGACUUCGUUUAUGACGUAAAAGCCUUACCUCGUAUGCUGGACAUGUUUCUAAAGUUUAACCGCGGAUCUUGUCUACGAAAAUUCAAGAUAAAGUAUCAAAAAAGGAGCGAUGUCUGUAGCCAGAGAGUCAUGGAGUGGAUAGACGAAGUGGUUCAUCGCCAAGUUCAACAUCUAGAAGUUGAGAAGGAAAUGUCUGAGGUAAAGACUGCAGAUUUCAUGCCUAAGUAUCUGUAUGUGAGCAAGACGUUGGUGUCUUUAAAGCUGGUAAACGUAGGGCUUGAGAGUCCCAAGUUUGAUAUUUCUCUACCUAGUCUCAAGACCAUGCAUCUAGAAAAUAUAUUUUACGAGGGUAAUGGUCUUUUGAUCAUGCAGAGGCUCCUCUUAGCUUCUCCUGUUCUUGAAGAUCUUACCAUGGACGUUCCUCUUUCCUGGAAGCCAAAGAAAGUUGUCUUAAAAAAGGUUCCUCGGUGUUUAUCAUUGACUCUAGAGCAUGUUAGGAUUAACAAAUUGACUCUAGAGGGAACUGGGACUGAAGCAGUGAAAUAUUUUCUUAAGAAUUCAGCAGUACUCAAGAAACUGAUUGUAAGUUUUAAGGAUCUUUCUAUUAGACACGAAGAGACUUUAUACAGGAAGCUUAUUACGGCCAAAAAGCUUUCUCCAAGAUGUCAGGUACUCGUCUAUUGACACGCGAUUCUAAUCAGUUGUGAACAUUGCAUGUUUUUAUCUAACAUUCGAGUGGAAUUCAUCUAUUUAAUUUGGUUUGAUCAAGUUUGUUCUACUUGGAUUAUUUAACUAUGUGGAUGAUCUUAUAUGUUCAAGUCUUAAAGAUUAUUCAGUUAGAUUGUUUCCCCUAUCUUCUCUUCAAAAC